AGCCUUCGCGCUGGUUAAGCCGUGCAUGGUGCCUUUGUGAGCACAAUUCACGGCUAAAUAACACAGAAUAUACAUAAAACAAUUGUUAUUUAGUGUUUCUAAGAUGUUAAAAUCAGUGAUAAGUGCAUGGAGGGCUGCAUUGAUGGAGAGAGUCUGUUAUCAGCCAACGCUGACACAGAAACAGGUGUUGGUUACACCAAUUUUGUCAAGAUUUUUCCACAUAACCUCGUACUUACCGAAAGAUGACAAAAGGAAUCAGAAUAGACAUAUGCCGAAGAGGGAUGAGGGUACCCACGGGGAGACUGGGGUUGAGAUCGAAAAUGUCGUGAGCAAGUCAGACAUAUUCCCCGAUGAGACUCUGCCAGACAGACUGUUCAAUGGAAUACCCUUCAAGGAAAUUCCUAUUGUCAAUGUCAAGUGCUCGAAAAAUAAUACUCUGAUUUCUUUGACUGAUCAUAAAGGACUUGUCCAUGUGUAUCACACGUGUGGGGCUGAAGGAUUCUCAGGUGCAAGACGUGCCACCAAUGUAGCUGCUCAGGCAACAGCCAUCAGCGUGAGCACUAAAGCACUGCAAAAGGGCUUCCAAACGGUGAGAGUCAGAGUAAGAGGUCUUGGCCCGGGCAGGAUGGCAUCACUCAAGGGUCUCCAAAUGGGAGGGAUGAAUAUAAUAUCGGUAACUGAUAAUACGAGGGUCACGUGGACACCGCUGAGGCCGAGAAAAGCGAGGAGAGUGUAGAAUAGAAUUUAUUAAAUAUCGAAAAAAUAGUUUAGAGGAAUAAAGAAAAUAAAAAAAAAUAUUAGCCUUAAUGAUUUUACUAUUAAUUAUUAAUGAAGCGAUUCAGGAAGAAUAUAUUCUCCUAACUGCAUAAAAUUAUGCUUUCAGCUUAGGAUAGGGUUUGGUUAGUCUUAAGACCGCACUCAUAGGUAUAACUAU